AUGGCCCCUGGAUAUGGAUACAGCCUUGUUGCAGAUGAGGCCGAUGUUGAGGAAGAUGGCUCUACUGGUACACAAGAGAAGAUAACUCGUAAUCCUUUGAAGUCAUUAACCUGGCAUCUCUUUGGACCUAUUGCUUGGCUGUUCACAACCUUCCUCCUUGUUGCGGUUCUUAUCCUUCUCGUGGCAGCUGUUACCAAAGAACCAUCCACAGAUCAGUGUGCAAGAAAACUUUCAGUCUGGUCACCGGCGCUAGAGGCUGUCGAAUAUGUCGAUGUUCAGUUCCAGAACAAAUUCAACGAAAAAUCUAUCUACAGAGGAAAACCUACUCCAGAACUUGAGAGAGCAUGGCUUGAAUUGUGGAAUUUUGGCCCGGUGAACAUCCCUAUGGAUAAGCUUGAUGCGCUCAACAAAUCCAAGGAAGUAGAUUGGAAAAGAGCCAAGCCAGAAGCGGGAGGCGGCGUAAUUGGAAACUUGGAAAUCUUUCAUCAAAUUCAUUGCUUAGAUUUGGUCAGGCAAUACACUUAUCGAGAUGAAUACGACUAUAGCAAGCAGCCGGCAUUUGAUGGAACUCCAAAGCAAGUCCGCGAACACGUGGAUCACUGCAUCAACAGUCUGCUGAUAUUCUUGAAAUGCACAUCUGACGUGACUCCUUAUUUGAUGGUAACGGACAAGAGGAGGCCGUUGGGAAUAGAUGCUGACUUUAAUACCCAACACAAGUGUCGCAAUUUUGAGAAGAUUCGAGAGUGGGCGGGCGUACACGCAUUGAACACUAAGGAUUAUCAGAAUGACAUCUCAUAA